AUGUUUACAAGUUUAGCCCCUGAGUCACCAAGAGGCAGCCAACAGCCAACUAACAGCCAACCAACAGCCAACCAACAGCCAACCCAACAGCCAGUCAACAGCCAAAACAACGUCCAGCCAACAGCCAACCAACAGCCAGUCAACAGCCAAACCAACGUCCAGCCAACAGCCAGCCAACAGCCGUCAACAGCCAAACCAACGUCCAGCCAACAGCCAGCCAACAGCCAACCCAACAACCAACCAACAGCCAGUCAACAGCCAACCAACGUCCAGCUAACAGCCAACCCAACAACCAACCAACAGCCAGUCAACAGCCAACCAACGUCCAGCCAACAGCCAACCCAACAACCAACCAACAGCCAGUCAACAGCCAACCAACGUCCAGCCAACAGCCAACCAGCCAGUCAACAGCCAAAACAACGUCCAGCCAACAGCCAACCCAACAACCAACCAACAGCCAGUCAACAGCCAACCAACAGCCAACCAACAGCCAACCAACAGCCAACCAACAGCACCAAAACAAGCCCCUCACACACAUAA